AUGACGGGCGGCCUGAGCGCAGCUGCGGUCAAGAUAGAUCGUUCGGGGUGCCCUGGCAUUUGUGGCCCGCAGGCCGCGACCACUUCAACCCUGUCGUUCUCAAGCUUCCGGAAUUCCUUCACCACCAAUGUCAAUUACCUGAAACGAAGAUUCAGCUCCGGUGACCUUCAGUCGGAGUGUGAUGAAGGGGAGGUCGAUCCCUACACCGGCCGCCCGGCCACCACCAGCCAGCCCAAGCCGCAGCAAAGGCCAGUCUCCCAGGCGACAGGUGGUAGCCUCGGGAGUGGUUCAGCACCGCCAGCGGCAGCAACGACUGCCCCAGCAACAGCUACUGCGGUUACUGCUGGGUCAGGAGACCUGUCAUUGAAUCUCCGAGGAGGGUCUAGAGGAACAUCAGCUCCCUCGUCACCAGCGAAAUCGAGGGAAUCUCUCUUACAACGCGUACAAUCUUUAACUGGCGCGGCGAGGGAUCAAGGCGCCAAUUUAUUGGGGAGUGUGACAUCUGUGGCGUCCGUCGGUCGCGGGUACAAUCGGGACCGCUGCGUCACUUUGCUAGUUGUGGACGAUCAGAACACUGACUGGUCGAAAUAUUUCCGCAAUCGACGACUACCGGGAGAAUGGGACAUUCGUGUGGAACAAGCUGAGUUUAGAGAACUGACAGUGACGGCGAAUUCAGAUGGCGCCAAUGUGUCUAUGGCGGUAUACCGUGGCGGCACCAAAGUUACUCGAUGUUUCAAGCCAGAUUUCGUGUUGGUGAGGCAAAAUGUGCGCGAUGCAGGCUCAGACCACCGCGCAUUACUGCUGGGGCUAAAGUUUGGAGGCGUUCCGUCUAUUAACAGCCUAAACUCAAUUUACCACUUCCAGGACCGACCCUGGGUAUUCGGACAUCUUCUUCAAUUACAGCGACGUUUGGGGCGUGAGAACUUCCCACUUAUUGAACAAACGUACUACCACAACCACACUGAUAUGGUAACGGCACCAAAAUUCCCAGUUGUGAUCAAAAUCGGGCACGCGCACAGCGGCGUCGCCAAGGUGAAAGUGGACUCUUUGGCCGACUUCCAGGACAUCGCUGGCGUUGUAGCAAUGUUGGGUAGCUACUGCACCGUUGAGCCAUACAUCGACGCUAAAUAUGAUAUCCACAUACAAAAGAUCGGCACCAACUAUAAAGCCUUUAUGCGCAAGUCUAUAUCUGGCAACUGGAAAACUAAUCAGGGAUCAGCGAUGCUGGAAGCUAUCGGCAUGAAUGAUAGAUACAAGAUGUGGAUUGAUGAGGUGAGCGAAAUCUUCGGCGGUCUUGAAGUAUGUGCCCUAGAAUUAGUUGUUGGGAAGGAUGGCCGCGAACACAUCAUCGAGCUAAACGAUUCAGCUACCUCAUUCAUGGGUGACUCGCAGGAAGAAGACCGGCGCCAUCUUGCCGAUCUUGUCUUCCAACGGAUGCAGAACGUCUGCCGUCCGGGUAUCACCAAAACGACAUCUCGAAGCUCCGUCUCCAACAGUGGGGCAGCGUCGCCAGAAGAACGUACCCCAGCUCAUGUCCCGGGAGGUCCUCCUAGCGUCCCACCACCCGCGCCACUUGCUACAGCCACUAGCAUCGACCGACCCUUACCUCCGAUUCCAGCGGAGCCAUCACAACCACCACCACCACCGCUUACCCGUCGGGAUUCUCAAAUAUCCCAAUCAUCAACGGUUUCCUCGUCGUCUGGCGUGCCAGCUACCACCGCCAGUGCUACUACAACAACCUCUGGCGGAAGCCGUUUUUCCCGCCAAGGUUCUCUGAGCGCAGCGCUCACUGAAGACGCGGAAGAUACCAUGAAGAAUCUCCGAAAGACCUUCGCCGGGAUCUUCGGGGAUAUGUAGACGGUUCACUUGAUUAUUUUGUUUACGUUUACAAGAUUGGAGUUGUAUUUCAAUUAAGCAAAACAGAAUUCGGCUGUCCAAGAUUUUAGAGUAACCAACAAAUACAAAAUUUUACAUUUUGUGACAGAAAUUAUGUAACGAUUAAAUUACGGUUAUAAUAAUGCUUCUCGUCUCACAAACAAAAACAAACGUUAAUAAUAUUAUUAUACUUAAAAUGAACAGAAUGUGUUUUUGCAUUAUACGAAAAAAAUCUCUUAACGCAAUAUUCUUUAGUUUAAAACAUUUUAUUCAAAGCAUAACUUAAUAGAUAAUUUAAAAGGAGCAAAAUCCAUAACGGAUUUCCUGUUUGCAUCUUCCUGAACAUUUAGUUUAAGUGUUGAUAGUAAUAGAUUUUUUACAGUAAGUUAAAAGAUGUGAAUUUUACAAAUCAUAUAAGCUAUAUUGUGAUUGAAGCUCAUACUUUUGAAAUUCAGAAUGAGAGUUGUAGUUUAAUCUCUCUGGAAUAUUCUCAAGGAACAUGAUAUUGCUACAAAUAUAGCUUAUCUUUCAGAUUUAUUUAUUUCGUGGGCGACGAAUAUGCUAUCUAUAGAGUAUUGUUAGUAUCUAUAAUAAGCUAUUUAAGACAAUAUUGUUGAACGAAGUGUAUUCCACAUUUUAUAGUAUUAUUUAAUCCUAGUAGUAUUAGAUCUAAGGAGUUAUAUAACGUCUACUUCAUUGCUUUCUUCCUCUUAGCUUUCAGUCUUCAUAUCUUUAAGUUGUCCUUGCUUCUUAGUAUAAAUUUGUUAGCAAAAAAGACUGCUCUGACAUUAUCAAUUUUAUCAUAUCAGGUGAUGUUUCACAUUGUUAUUAUUGUGCGUGCUUCGACUAUAAAUCUAUCUUAAUAUUCAGUAGCCAAUGUAGUAAUAACUUUACGCGUAUUAGUAGCUGAUUUUGUAAGAUAACAUAGAGUGCGAAGCGAAGAGACACAUAACAGAUGCUUCUAUAAGUACCAGUAGUAACUAUAUCGGAGAGUAUUUAUAUCAUAUUUACAUAUUGCCUUAUCAUACAUUCUAGUAAAUACUAUACUGGCAGUAACGACUUGACUUAAUCUCCUAUAAUCCCUAGAUGAGGCAGAGGGCAUCCACAGUGAGUCUCCAUCGCGUUCGGUCUUGAGCCUCGUAUUUCACUUUGCUCCAAGUCUUUCCGGCUCUUCGAAGUGUGGCCUAUACAUUUCCACUUGGGUCGCUUGAUGUGCUGGCCAAUAGAGGUUUCUUGGCAGUGCUCCCAAAGUUUCUCGUUAGAGAUCGAGAGAGUAGAUACCCAGAAUACGGCGAAGACAGCGGUUUUACCGAACUAUAUAAUUAUUGCAAUCACAAGUGUGUACUGGAAUAGAUAACCUGCACAGUAGAGACAUGUGCUUAUAGAAGUUGUGUGUCUUGUAAAAGUAGAACUUACAUUUUAAACUUAUUUUGGCAAGUCAUAUCAUCCCAUUUACUGUUGUACAACGAAGAUUACAUGUUAUAAUUAAGAGAACGACGAUUCAGAAUGGGCAAGUUGAGUUUAUGAUAAGCACAGACUAGACCAACUAGAUUUAGUCUGUGCAUUGAAGUCAAUAGAAUUGUGUCUUUGCUGCUGGGGCCUUGGCGUUGAGUCAUAAACAUACGAUAUGUGUAGAAAAUGUAUUUGCACUCGUAGUUAGAUUUUGACACGAAACCAUUAGCAAGUAUAAACGUGUAUCGGUUAAUAUCAAAGGAGUACUUUAAUGUAAUGCUAUUUUAGACUCAUAUUUUUUUAUUUCUCUUAAUUAUAUUGAACAGUGUUGGCCUAGUGACUUCAGCGUGCGUCUCUCAUCCCUGAGGUCGUAGGUACGAUUCCCGGCUGUUUUGAUUUUAUGUGCGGAUCUAACGUUCGAUCGAACGGUGAAGGAAAACAACUUUUAUGUUCUUUAAAGUUAACUCCUCCUCCUAUGUGACGACUGCUUUGCUUAACACCUGAUUAAACCUGACUACUACCUGUCCUGGGAGGGUUAAACCUUUCUUUAUUUUAACUGAAAAGGUUAUCAUAGCAAUAAACUCAUUCCAAUUUUAUUUUCAAGAGAAAAAUAAUUCAUCAAAAAGUUACAACCAAAAGGCAUUACAUUUGAGUCCUCAUAAAAUUUUCUCUAAUGACCAUAGAUUACUGAUUACUAGUAGUACUGAUUUUCCUUUGUUCUUUAUAAGAUGAUCCUCGAAAUAAAUGUUAAAAUAUAAAUUAUAAACUUAAUAUAAUGCUGUUGUUGUUGUUGCUAAAAAAGUUAUACAUGUAUCUACUCGUAAUAUGAUUUGUCAUGAUAAAAUCAAAAUAUACUGUGCGAAAGCUUCAAGAAUAAAUAAAAAGCAAUGCGUACUUUCGUAUCUUAGCGUUUCGUACUAGCUUUGACGUUGUGGGAAAAAGCUCGCGAGUGUAUUUUAAUAAAGUAUUCCAAAUUAUUCGUAAGCAAACUAUACAAUACAACAAUUUCACUUGUAGUUUUCGUAACAGUAUAAAAGUAAUCGGUUAUAUCUUGAUACAAUCUUAUAUAAUUAAAGAGACAUGGUCUGUCGUGAAUAUAACAUUCCAACAUUUAUUUGUAUAAAAUCUCCAAAUAGUUCGUUAAUUGGGGUAUUAAUCACGUAAUCAAAGCAAUAAUUUUGUUUAAGUAUCCUCAUUAUAUUAAUGACAUCCAUGUCUAAAUUUAAAGGAAUUUGAAUGCAUGUUAAUCUAUAUAAUAAAUAUAUACC